GGAUGGCGGGUCGCGGGAAGCUCAUCGCGGUGAUCGGAGACGAGGACACGGUGACUGGCUUCCUGCUGGGUGGCAUAGGAGAACUCAACAAGAACCGCCAUCCGAAUUUCCUGGUGGUGGAAAAGGAUACAACCAUCAACGAGAUCGAAGACACUUUCCGGCAGUUUCUGAAUCGAGAUGACAUUGGCAUCAUCCUCAUCAACCAGUACAUCGCUGAGAUGGUGCGGCACGCACUGGACGCCCACCAGCGCUCCAUCCCGGCCGUCCUUGAGAUCCCAUCCAAGGAGCACCCCUACGACGCCACCAAGGACUCCAUCCUGCGUAGAGCCAAGGGCAUGUUCACUGCCGAAGACCUGCGUUAGGGGUGGCCCAGCCCUCCAGCCCCGCCUUCAUACCCAGGCCUCUUCCCAGGCUUGUUAUCCACCCUUGUAUUCUGAACCUCUUCCAACUCCUUGCCCGCUCCCA